AUGGGUGAUAUUGAGAACAGCAAAGAGAUUUUUGUCCAGAAGUUCGCUCAGUGCCAUACCGUGGAGGAGGAAGGCAAGAACAAGAUGAGGCCCAAUCUCCAUGGUCUGUUUGGGCAAAAGACGGGUCAGGCCACCGGAUUCUCUUACACUGAUGUCAACAAGAACAAAGGCAUCACCUGGAAUGAGAACACGCCGAUGGAGUAUUUGGAGAAUCCCAAGUAUUACAUCCCUGGAACAAAUAUUAUCUUUGCUGACAUUAAGAAGACCAAGCAGGCAGAGUUGAUAGCUUAUCUCAAAAAAGCUAUUAAUGAAUUGGAUAACAUUCCAUUGAUAACUGAGAACCUUCCCUGUGAAACUCAGCUGACUGAUACUAUUAAGUUUCUAAAAACUGAUGUAGUACUGACAAUACAUCUCACUUAUCUUAUGCCUUCUUCAGUGCUCUCCACACUCUUCCUUCAUGUAAGAAAAGACUUUGACAACUAUAUCCCCUAUUAG